UCGGGCCUCGUCCGCCUCUCAGUUCUGUUUGUCGUAGCGCAGAAGGUGCUGCGUCCUUCAGCCGAAGCUAAGGCCGCGUUCCCGGCGACUGGCACCGCGCGCCCCCACCUCCCCGCCAUGGCCUCCGUCUCCGAGCUCGCCUGCAUCUACUCCGCCCUCAUUCUGCACGACGACGAAGUCACCGUCACGGAGGACAAAAUCAACGCGCUCAUUAAAGCGGCGGGAGUGAACGUGGAGCCCUUCUGGCCCGGCCUCUUCGCGAAGGCUCUAACCAACAUUGACAUCGGAAGCCUCAUCUGCAAUGUAGGAGUCGGUGGUGGUGCUCCUGCUGCAUCAGCUCCUGCCGGGGGAGGGGCCCCUGCUGGUGGUGCUGCUCCUGCGGAAGAGAAGAAAGAGGAAGAAAAGAAAGAGGAGUCAGAAGAAUCUGAUGACGACAUGGGCUUUGGUCUCUUUGACUAAGCUGAUUUUUUCUACUCUUUAUAAUAAAGAUAAAAACACGUAAAUUAAAAA